AUGCCCCAACUUGACACCCGAGGGCAGAUAGCUGCUGCUCAGAUUGCGUUUUAUGCCCCAAUCGCCAUCAUCACUUUUAUACUUGUAAUUAAAUAUGCUCUCAGAAGAGAUGCCGGAUGGUUCUUCCUGUUUUUGUUCUCAAUUGCCCGCCUUGCUCAGGGUGCUCUCAUAGUCGCUGCGGAAAUGAUCGUACCACCCAAACCUAUACUAUUCAAUGCUGCAUAUAUCAUGGAUUACUCUGCACUAGCAUUCCUACUAUUUUCCUCGUUAGGAUUCAUUGGUAUGGCAGGACAGCACACAUACAGUGAAAAUCCCAGAAUAACAACUAUCCUCCGACUGAUUGGAAUCUUUGGCCUAGGGGGCAUGGGGCUCUGUAUUGCAGGCGGUAUACUCAACGGAGAAUCAACUGCCAAUCAAUCCCUCGCAGUAGCGCUGCGUCGUGCUGGUGUAUGUAUUUAUGCGGGAAUGUAUGUUAUCAUAUUUGCGGUAUUCAUCGGGACUUGGACAUACCGUUGGCAUUUGCGAAGCUAUCGCCGCAGCCUGCUUUUUGGACUAACGUGUGCACUGCCAUUCCUCGGUGUUCGCAUGGCCUAUGCAGUCAUUGCAGCCUUUUCUUCAUCAGACCUGCUUGGGACCAAGCUAUCGUCAAAUACCACCCUCGCUGACUUAAAUCCUGUCACAGGAAAGUGGAUACUUUACCUAGUACUGAGCCUCAUCAUGGAAUACGUCGUCGUGGCCCUCUAUCUAUUCGCAAGCACAAUCCUUGCACGGCGGCACCGUCAUUAG